AUGGAGAUAGACACCGGUGAGACUUUCUCUCUUGACAACAAACCAUUAUCCAGCGCCAAGGAUUUGCUCUCCGCCGCUCGGAGACUCGUUGAUCAAGGCCACCCUUCACAAGCUCUCCAAGCUGUGGUGAUGGCAAUGAGAACUCAAGGAGGAGAUGAGGCGGUACUUCACAUACUCAACCGUACCCGUGAACUCUACAAGCGUAGAAUCCAAGAAACAGCCAGCAUAGAUCAGCUAGCUUCUCUAUUUGCAGAGUGUGCCAUUACAGAAGCACAGCCUCUUGAGACAACAUCAUCAACAGACUUAUUUGGUACUAAAGAAAGAGUUACAGCGGAUGCUCAUGGGACAUCUAUUUUAGAGAAAAACGGGAGGUCACAGAUCAUGCUUGAUGCCUUUGCUGAUGGAAGCAGCUUUAUUUGUCUGAAAUGCGGUGGUCUAGUCAGCAUCCAUAGGAGAGAUGAACACUAUGCGUAUUGGUGUAGUAAUAUGUGAUGCAACGAAUCCUAUUUUGCUUCUGUUGAUC